CAGAUUCUGCCAGCUGCGGCCUAGGGAAAAAUUUGAUCUUUGAUCCCUUCUAAAAUGCAGAAAAAAUUUGUGAGAUGCUGCUCCGUUCCCCUGUAGAAUUACGUACCGAUAAUGGCCCUGCUCUUUGAUUUAUUUCCCCCAUUUUUGUUGAAUUCAAGGUAGAUAGAAGAAAAGAGGAGAAGAAGAGCUUCCCUGGGUUUCUCUCCAGGUUGAAAGCCCUGCGGUUUUAUGUAUUCUUCGCCUUGUCUCCAUUUUCUGGUCGGCAGAGUAAGAUGUUAGAGUUGGAGCUUCGCGUUGUGGAUUUUGUGUUGGUUAAUUAGCUCGGUAGAACGUCUCCUAUGGCUCGGCGAGUUUAUCAAGAUUGGAAAGGGAGCAAUACGUUCCUCUGUGGUGGGAGGUUGAUAUUUGGACCCAAUGCUCGGUCGAUCUUUAUCACUAUUUCACUUAUAGUUAUACCUCUUGUGAUGUUCUGUGUCUUUGUUGCAAGACAUCUUCUCCACAAAUUACCUGCUUAUAAUGCAGGAUAUGCUAUCUUGGUGGUUGCUAUAGCUUUUACAGGCCAUGUAAGUUUUCAAAGAUUUCACUACAAAAUACAGGUGCUUGUGCUACUGAUGCUUACUUCUGCACAAGAUCCCGGUAUCAUUCCCCGGGCUUCCCAUCCACCAGAGGAAGAACUCUCCUAUGAUUCAAGUAUAAUGGAUUCAACACCCAGCUACCAGAUUCCUCGCAUAAAGGAAGUGAUGGCUAAUGGCGUGCCUGUGAAAGUCAAAUAUUGUGAUACAUGCAUGCUUUAUAGGCCUCCUCGUUGUUCACAUUGCUCAAUCUGUAAUAAUUGUGUGGAACAAUUUGAUCAUCACUGUCCCUGGGUGGGGCAGUGCAUUGGAUUGAGAAACUAUCGCUACUUUUUCUUUUUCAUAUCAUCGUCGGCUUUUCUUUGUAUCUAUGUGUUUGCAAUGUGUGCAUUGUACAUUAAGUUUCUUAUGGAUGAGGAUUGCCCCACGGUAUGGAUGGCAAUUAAAGAAUCCCCCGCGUCUGUGAUUCUCAUGAUAUACUGCUUUAUCUCUUUGUGGUUUGUUGGUGGACUUACUGGAUUUCAUUCUUAUCUCAUCAGCACUAACCAGACUACCUACGAGAAUUUCAGAUACAGAGCUGACAACAGGCUUAACGUCUAUGACCGAGGUUGCCUGAACAACUUCCACGGGGUAUUCUGCACCAAAAUCAAGCCCUCGAGGAAUGAUUUCCGUGCCAUUGUGCCGAACGAACCUGCACGGCCGCCACCCAUGCUUCAUCCUCAGGAUCUAGAAGACGACUCAGGAAGUUUCCCUCGCUACAAAGUACAAGACGACCUUAGUAUCAGUGCAGACCUGUUGAUGAUCUCCCAGCGGCACAACAUUGAUGAUUUCGAUCUGGAGAUGGGUGGGAAGAGCCCUUCAAGCAUUCCCAAUGUCGCCUCCGAUUCGAAAUUCGCCGCAGUUUUGGAUUCACGGCUUCCCGAAGAGAAGCAAGCCAAGAAUUUGAAUCAGGGUAGGGGAAUCGAAAGAUUAGGGUUAUCACCUGAAAAGAGCUCUUCUCAGUGAGAAAGGAGAGGGUUGUUGAUGGAAGAAAGGAGAAAAUGGAGAAACGAACAGUAUUAUAGGUUGUAGAGGAAGGCUGGAUUUCAAAGCCAUUAUUUAUCACAUAUAUGUUAGUGAUGACUUUAUUCUUUCUGUAACUUAAUACAAACCAGUGUAUCUUCUGAAUUUUCUAUGUAAUAUCUUCUCUCUUUUUUUCUUUCAAUUAUGUAGUUUUAAGCCUUCUU